GUGACUUUGAAGAUACACAUACCUGUGGAUUUGUGCAAGAUACUGAUGACAAAUUUGACUGGACACUUAACUGUGGAUCAAUUCCAGCUACGGCUUCAUGUCCUGCAGGUGAUCACACAUAUGGCACAGGGCAAGGCCACUUUAUGUACAUGCGAACAACCAGUCCACAGCAAACAGAAGAUGAAGCGCAUUUGUUGAGCAAGCAUACAGCCCUACCUAUGGCAGCUGCCUCUCUUUCUGGUAUUACAUGGAAGGAGACUCUGUAGGUGUACUGAUUGUCUACCUCAGGCUUGUAGGACAGCCAUUACAAACCUCAUCACAGCUGUGGAUGCUGAGUGAAGGACAAGGUCCACAAUGGCACUUGGCCUCCAUCAAUAUUAAAAGUAUUGAAAGAUUCCAGGUGGAGUUUGUAGGAGUGAUUGGGGAAGGCAUGUAUGGUGGCAUGGCAUUGGAUGAUAUCCUUAUGACACCUACAAGCUGUCUUGAAAGGACAGACUGUGAUUUUGAGCAGAGUGGGAUCUGCAGCUGGACUCAGAGUAACAGUGAUGACUUAGACUGGCUUGUAAACAGUGCAGAAAUAGGUUUUUUGGACUCUGGACCUCCAAAAGAUCACACAACUAAUACACAAAGUGGUGAAUACAUCUAUUUGAAUACACGUCAAACAGGAGGUGCAGCAGUACUGAUGUCUCAGUCAAUCUCUUAUAACUCUAAUUUUCUCUACUACUGUUUUACAUUUUGGUACUAUAUGCACGUCUCCACAACUGCUACCCUCUCUGUCAGUUGGCGCCGACUUUUAGCAGAUCCUACCAUUGGCUUCUCUCUCAGUGGCAGUCAAGGAAACACAUGGACUCAAGGAUUUAUGGAUGUAUAUGUGGAUGCAAAUUCCUUCACAAUGAAUCUAACUGGAACAGUAGGAAAUGGUAGCCAUGAUUUCAUUGCAUUGGAUGACUUCAAACUCUAUCCCUACACUUGCUCUCAAGUAAAAAAGACCAAUGGUACUGCUAGUCAAUUCAUGUGUCAUGAUACAGCCAACACAACAGUGACACAGGACAAAGUCUGCAAUUUUAUCAGGGACUGUCCCCCACCAUACUUGGAUGAAGUCAGCUGUGGUGAUUGUAACUUCCAGAACAAUUACUGCCAAUGGACAGAAAACAGUAGCGACAUUUGGAAGUGGACACUGGGCAGCGGCCAGUCUCACCCCAAACAUUCUGCUCCUAUGUAUGACCACAAUGGCAGUCCCACAGACAAUUUCCUGUACCUGGCCAGAAGCUUUGGUACACAAAGUACUUUUUCUGACAUCUAUAGUAUCCAGUUUGGUCCUUGCAGUGCCACAUGUCAAAUAUUGCUGUUCUAUUACAUUUCUGGACAAGCAGACUCUCAAGUCCAGGUGCUGCUGGAGCAGGGUGAAGAGAAAACAAUUCUGUGGAUGACAAAUAGACUAGAUACUGACAAGUGGGUACAAGCCACAAUUGAUCUUUUACAUGUGGCUACACCAUUCAGGAUACACAUUCAAGGGUAUGCUGAUCCUACUUCUCCAUUUCAAAGCAUCGUGGCACUAGACGAUAUUCAGUUUAUUAAUUGCAAUUUUCCAGCACCAGGGAACUGUGACAGUGGUCAGAAUCUGUUCCAUUGUAAGAGCACUGCGUGUAUUCCUAUGGCGGCUGUCUGUGAUUUUACUGAUGACUGUGGCGAUGGCAGUGAUGAAGUUUCAUGUGGCACUUAUCCAUCACGCACAAACUUUGAGCAGAGCCUUGGUAUCUGGUACAAUGACCAUUCUGGAUCAGACAACUUUGACUGGACCCGUACACAUGGUUCAACCAGUACAACUGGAACUGGCCCUUCCCGUGAUCACAGCAGAGGAACAUCUAGGGGUUACUUUGUGUAUAUAGAGAGUUCUUUACCUAGGAAACCAGGUGAUAAAGCUUGGCUUGUGAGCAGCAAUGCCUUUAGCCCAACUUCAGGAUCCACAUGUGUAUUACGUCUUUACUAUCACAUGUAUGGAACAACCAUUGGUAGUCUAAAUGUGUAUACCCGUGUCUCCCUUCUUGGUGACUUGAAGCAGAUUCUUUCUCUGACUGGAAAUUAUGGUGAUGCAUGGAUGCGUAAAGACAUCACAUUUCAAGAGACUGAUUCAUUCCAGAUUAUUAUUGAAGGAGUCACUGGAAAUGGUGACCAAGGAGACAUUGGCAUUGAUGAUAUUAGCAUGUCCUCUGAUUGUCAAGUGUCAUCAGAUCCACUCCCCACAGGAUUCUCUCCUCUACCUACUCAGCCCGUUCCCUGUUCGGCAAAUCAGUUUGCUUGUGAUGGCAAUCACUGCAUCCCACAGACCCAAGUGUGUGACUUCCAGCAGCAGUGCAAUGAUGGCAGUGAUGAGCUCAUGUGUGGUGACUGCACAUUUGAAAGUGACCUCUGUGGAUGGAGGGAUCAUAGCACAGGACAGUUUGCCUGGGUCAGGAAGUCUUCUAAUGACAGUGCAUUAACUGGUGGGCCUACUUCAGAUGCUGAUGGCUUGAUAGGAGGUGGACGAUAUAUGCUGGUUCAGCCCACUAUGGGUGUGACACAGGACCGUGCCAGACUGAUGUCUCCUGUGUUCAAUGCUUCCGGUACUACGUGUCACAUGAGUUUUAAAUACCACUUGUUUGGUGAUAGUGCAGGUAGCCUUAUGAUUCUUCUCCAGAAAGCAGUAGAUAUCAACACAAACACUGGAAUUGAUUUGUGGCACUACACAGGCAAUGCUGGCAACACUUGGCACUUACACUCUGUUGACAUAGGGCAGAUAAAUUAUCCCUUUGUGGUUACAUUUACUUCUCUGCCAGACCCUGGAUUUGGUUCUUAUGAUGUUGCUGUAGAUGACAUUAAUUUUGUGGACUGCAACCCUGGUCUGAUUCUUAAUGGCACAGAUUUUAGCAUUGACUGCACGUUCGACUUCGGAAUGUGCGGUUUCUUUCAAGUCCACACGGAUGACUUUGACUGGAUCUGGACUAACCAGAGUAUACAAACAGUAGGAACUGGGCCUGAUCGUGACCACACAUCAGGCAAAGGAUAUUAUGUGUAUCUUGAUACAUCACCUCCUCGGAAACCUGGUGACAUAGCUGACCUCUCAUCAGCUCUGCAGCUGCCAACAGGUCCUGCAGGAAAGUGUCUGAUUUUCUGGUAUCACAUGUAUGGUGUUCAUGUAGAGACACUUAAACUCUUCCUACAACAAGAGUCAAAUCGUACACUAAUUUGGAGUCGUUCAUAUACACAAGGCAAUGUCUGGCGACAAGGCAUGCGCACCAUCAUCAGCCAUCAGGAUUUCAAGAUUGUAUUUGAAGGAACAGUGGGUGUCAGCUACUUGGGUGACAUUGCCAUAGAUGAUGUUUCACUUCAGGAUGGUCCUUGUCCUCCUUCAUCUGAAUGCGACUUUGAGGUAGACUUCUGUGACUACACCCAGAAUACAGAUGAUGAGUUUGACUGGAUUCGUCAAGCAAACGCUACUUCAUUUGGUGGAACAAGCCCAUUCACCGACCAUACUACACGCAAUGGAUAUGGCUUCUAUGCAUGCAUCAACACUUCAGUCCCGCAUAAUCCAGGAGAUCGUGCCAUGAUGACUAGCUCAGCUCAACGACCAUCUGCUGUCAACCAGUGUUUGACCUUUUGGUACUUCAUGUCUGGCCGUUAUGUUGAUCAACUUAAUACUUACAUCAUUUCGAAUGGUGUUCAUCAAUUAUCAUCUAUUUUUAAUAUGCUAGAGCAACAUUGGGUCGAGGUGGCCAUCAAUUUGCAGCCACAGACAACCCAAUGGCAGAUCAUGUUUGAAGCAGUUGUCGAACUAUACCAUGCUGGGCCCAUUGCUGUGGAUGACAUUAAAGUACAGCAAGGCGACUGCCCUCCACCUGGUACCUGUAAUUUUGAGACUGACACCUGUGGCUAUGUCAAUGUUCAGGGCAUGGAUGACUUUGACUGGCUUCGCUCAGCGGGCAGGACUCUUGUUGCUGGGACUGGCCCAGCCGUUGACCAUACAUCUGAUUCUGACACAGGUUUUUACAUGUACAUGGAAUCAAACUUUCAUAACCAAGGACAGCGUGCCCAGUUAUACAGUACUCUCUUAUCUCCUAGCCCUUUGGUUUGCAUCAGCUUCUGGUAUCAUAUGUAUGGCCAUGAUGAAGGUUCUCUGCAGCUUUAUCUGAUUGAACCACAAGAAACUGUGAGUCUUGUAAAGAUCACAGGAGAUCAGCACAAUUUCUGGCACUACUGGGAGACCUCUGCAAGCUAUGGCUUUUACUUCUCAUUGAUGUUUGAAGGCACAGUAGGAAAUGGCACCCUGGGAGAUAUUGCUAUUGAUGAUGUGUCAGUGAGACCAGGGAACUGUACAGGUCCACCUUCUGCUACUGACAAUCCUGGAAUUUUAGAAGUAACAUAUCCUCCCACAAAGUAUGACUGCACCUUUGAUCAAGCCAGCAUUUGCACAUGGACUCAGGACACAAUGGACUCUUUUAACUGGACCCUGCAUCAUGGUACAACAUCGAAACUCCAACCAGGACCUAACUCUGAUCACACACAGCAAAAUACAGAUGGUUACUAUAUAUACAUUGAAGCAUCCAAUCAGCCACCCAAUGCCACAGCCCGCGUCAUCAGCCAGAGUAUGACCAUAAAUGGUGUUGGUACAUGUGUUCACUUCUGGUUCCACAUGUAUGGCAGCAAGACUGGAACUCUUAAUGUUUACGCUCAGCAAGGUCACAAUCUGGGAAGCCCUCUGUGGACAAGAUCAGGUGAACAAGGCGACAAGUGGAUAAGUGCAACUCUGUUUCUUACACCUCAAGCUCUCUCUCCUCCCCAGUAUCAGCCAACUCCUGUGCAGAUUGUCUUUGAGGGUGUGCUUACUGAGAGUUACCAAGGUGAUAUAGCAUUGGACGAUAUUUUCUUCAAUGAUGGAAACUGUCCUACAUCAGGGAUUUGUGAUUUUGAGUCCGAAGACCUCUGUGGUUACAUUCAAGAGACAAGUGGGGCUCAUAACUGGACCAGGCAAAGGGGUCACAUGCCAGGCACAGGAACAGGGCCAGCCACAGACCAUACCUAUGGCACAAUGAGUGGAUACUACAUGUACACAGAAGCAUCUAGUGCAAAUCCUGAUGAGACUGCCAGCCUGUUGAGUCCUGUCCAGCCUGCCACAACAGGAAAGUGCCUGCACUUUUACUACCACAUGAGUGGUACAGGCAUGGGAACACUCAUGGUGUCCAUUAGGGCCCAAGCCAUAAACACUGUCGUCUGGUACCACUUUUCAGACCAGGGCAAUGUGUGGCGUGCAGCACAGGUCUCCAUCAAUUCAAACUUUCAGUACCAGGUGACAUUUCGAGGUAUUCAGAGAAGCACUUCAUUGAGUGAUAUAGCCAUUGAUGAUGUCGAGCUGCUUGAUGGACUCUGCCCACCGCCAGCCUCAUGUGACUUUGAACAGGGACAGUGUGAAUGGAGCAACGACAACACUGAUGAUGACUUUGACUGGAUUCGUUCUCAGGGCUCCAUCAUCACUGCAAAUACUGGCCCUACAAGUGACCACACUCUGCAGAACAUUAAAGGGCACUACAUGUACAUAGAGGCAUCUCAACCUAGAAAAACUGGAGACAGAGCUCGACUGCAUUCAGAGAUUCUGAAAAACAGUUCACAUCCCCAGUGCCUCACCUUCUGGUACAGCAUGAAUGGUGUUGGCAUGGGUACCCUCUCUGUAUAUAAGGACUUGGUCACUAACACUUCAAAACUUGUUCAGCUCUGGACCCUGAGUGGAGACCAUGGAGCUCAGUGGCAGAAAGCCUCAGUCCCUGUUAGAGAAAACAAGGAAGAGUUUAUGCUGGUGUUUGAAGGAGUGGUUGGCAGUUCCUACCUCAGUGUCAUGGCCAUAGAUGAUAUCAGUCUGACAGAUGGAGACUGCUCUUCUAGUAGUCAGCAGUCAAAAUUUACCUGCAAAAAUCAGCAAACUGUGACUAGUGAUAAAGUGUGUAACUUUGUGAAGGACUGUUCUGAUGGCAGCGAUGAGAUUCAGUGUGGAAACUGUACCUUUGAUGCAGAUCUUUGUGGAUACAUUGACAUAAGUCAAGGUUCUUUUAGCUACCUGCGUACCAGUAAUGCUACAUCAACAAAGAGUCUUCCAAUUCCAUUUGACCAUUCUUACAACAAAAGCAAUGGAUACCUGCUAUAUGUGGACACAAGCCAGGGAACUUUCAACUCUUUGGCCACAUUAGCAAGUCCUGUACUAUAUCAGUCUUCUCCAGCCUGCCAGCUGAAUUUCUACUACUUCAUCAUUGGUAGUGCUGGUGCUGGUCAGCUUCAGGUCUCUGUCAUGACUGGAGAUACCAAAACCAUUGUCUGGCAGCUCCGUACCAGCUCUGUUACUAACCAGUGGCUACUUGCUGUGGCAGACAUAGGUGCUUUUAAUGGAGAGUUCCAGAUUUACAUAGAAGCCAAGAGAUUUUUGUCAUAUGGCAGCCUUGUCAUAGAUGAUAUUCAGCUCCUUAACUGUGGAUACCCACCCCCACAAGCAUAUUGCCCUCCUGGUUCCUUUCAGUGCCAGAUAGGAUUGUGUAUUAACAAGGAUCAAGUGUGUGAUGGGGAGAAGGACUGUGGUCAGCAGGAUAAUAGUGAUGAAGCCACCUGUACGGCUGCCCACAUGUGUGACUUUGAGCACUCACUCUGUGACUGGGCUCAGGAUGUCACAGAUGAUUUUGACUGGGUAAUCAUGAGUGGUCAGACCCCAACUCCAGAAACAGGUCCCUUUCGUGACCACACUACAGGUCUUGUGACAGGACAUUAUGUUUACACAGAGUCUUCUGCACCACGUCGCCCUGGUCAAAAGGCAAGACUACUUAGUCCAGUAAUCCAGCCUACUACAGCCAGUGACAACUGCUAUCUUGUUGUCUACUACAACAUGAAUGGUAGAACUAUGGGUGACUUUAAUGUCUACAUGCAAACAUCAUCCAAUGGUUACCCUAGCACUUUGAUUCAUCGCUCGGGUGACCUUGGUCCUGUGUGGGUGCGAGAUUCACGACUUCUUGUUUCUGCUCAACCAUUUUCUCUUAUAGUUGAAGGUGUUAUUGGCUCUAGCUAUUAUAGUGACUUAGCUGUGGAUGACAUUGUGUUGUCAGCAGGCUGUAGAUUUUCACAAAAUACUCUUCCUACAGCUGGUUACACGGUAACUGACACAACCCCCAGAGUUUGUGCAACGAGCCAGUACCAGUGUGCAAAUGGCGACUGCAUAGACCAGUCUCGUUACUGUGACUUCUCCAAGGAUUGUUCAGAUGGCUCUGAUGAGUUGACAUGUGGCGCCUGCAAUUUUGAGGCAGGACUGUGUGGCUACAAAGAUUUAAGUGUUGGACGCUACAACUGGACACUGAGCUACCCAGCUUUGAUGGGGGUGGUGGGCCCAGCUUCAGAUCACACUCUGGGAAAUAGACAGGGUCACUAUGCUUACGUGGAGGGUGACAGAGGAGAGUUUCAACAAGUAGCCAGACUGCAAAGCCCUCCAUUGCCAGCACUUUCUUCACAGUGCACUAUUUCUUUCUUCAUUUAUAUAUCGGAUCAUCAGUCAGGCUUCUUUCAGUAUGGGAUGAAUGUCAAUGAUUCAUACAGACCUGUUUUCACUAAUCCUGGACUUUAUGGAAGUCCAGGUUGGAAGUCCAUGAAUAUAAACAUAGGCAGAUUGUUAGGCAGUCUGCCAGCAGGCUCUCAUCUUGAGUUCCGUGUGAUGCCUGGCCAAGGAGCUCUUGUCAACAACUCUGCUGACGUGGCAAUAGAUGAUAUUACCUUUACUUACUGCAAUCCAAGACAACUACCCCCCACUGUCAGCUGCACUUUUGAGACUGGCUUCUGCAUAUGGAACCAGAGCACCAAUGACCAGAUGGACUGGUUAAGGCACCAGGGCUCAGCACCAAAAGCACACACUGGCCCAUCUGGUGACCAUGCAACAGGUGCAGGUUACUAUGCAUACAUUGAAACAUCACCACCAACAAGACCAGGUGAUUCAGCAGUUCUACAAACUCCAUGGCUUCCACCUACGGAUUCUGCAGGCUACUGUCUGACUUUCUGGUAUUACAUGUUUGGAUCGACCAUGGGUAAUCUUACACUUAACUUAAUGACACCACAGGGCGUUCAGACAUUCUGGUCUAAACAUGGACCUCAGGGUGAUCAGUGGAGACAAGCCCAGCGAACUGUUGUUUCCACUACAGAGUAUUCCCUCUUCUUCCAGGCUUCUUCAGGUGGUUACCUUGGAGACAUUGCAAUAGAUGACAUCUCAGCAUCAAGGGGACCUUGUCCUCCUACAGCAUCUUGUGACUUUGAAGAGGAAACAUGUUCAUGGACACAGAGCAGAAUGGGUAAUAUCAACUGGACCCUAGGCACCAAUGGUUCUACAGCCAUGGGAACAGGACCAACACUAGAUCACACAUUUGGUUCAGACUCAGGCCACUUUUUGUUUCUACGUGGAGGCAGAUCUGGAGAUAAAGCAGUUCUUACCAGCACAUUACUUAACGGUGUUUCAUUAUUUUGCUUACAGUUCUGGUAUUACAUGCAUGGACAACAUACAGGGUCUUUAAACAUAUCUGUCGCCAUAAAUGGAACUUCCCCACCUCAGUAUGUGUGGAGCAUGCAGGGAGACCAAGGAGACCAGUGGAAGUAUGCGUCAGUCAGUCUCCCCUAUCUAAGUAAUCAACAGUUCAGGAUCCUAUUGCAAGGCAUCAGUACUGGUGGUCAGCAAGAAAACAUUGCUGUUGAUGACAUCAGCUUCAACACUGGAAAUUGUCCAUUAGGUAGCUGCAGUUUUGAAGCUGAUAUGUGUUCUUACUCUAAUGUACUUACUGGUGAUGACUUUGACUGGCAGAGAGGCAGUGGGGGAUCAUCAAGUCGCACACUGGGUCCAUCUACUGAUCACACACGCCACACAUCAGCUGGGCACUACAUGUACCUGGAAACUUCUGGUGCCAACCUCACAGCAGGGCAGAAAGCGUGGCUAGUGAGUGAGACUCUGCCACCUCCUUUCAAUCCAACAGUAGGAUGUCUUUUCUUCUAUUUCCACAUAUAUGGGGUGGGAAUAGGCACCCUGAAUGUCUACACACGGUCUGCAUCCACUCAUAACUUGACUCUCAUCUGGUCUGUAAGCGGCAACCAUGGUAAUGUGUGGGACCACGGCAUAGCUCCUAUACUGACUAACAACUCAUAUGAGAUCAUCUUUGAAGGUGUUUAUGGAGGCAACACUACAGGAGAUAUUGCCAUCGAUGAUAUAUCAGUUUCACCAUAUCUCUGUUUUGGCAUUAUCCGACCUACUACUACUCCCAGUGUUUUAACAUCACCAGUGACAUACCCUCCUACCUCCAUAGACUGUGACUUUGAGUCAGAUAUCUGUAACUGGCAGCAAGAUACUAGUGACCAGUUCAACUGGGAGGUCCAAGCUGGCAGAACACUGACUGGGACAGGUCCCACUGCUGACCACACUUACAGUACUCUUCGAGGGCACUUUGCCUACAUCAACUCAUCACAUGACUCAGCAAACAGCUCUGCUCGUCUGCUAAGUCCAGCACUGACCAUUGGACCCCAGGGUGUCUGCUUCAAGUUCUGGUACUACAUGUAUGGAAGCUCUAUUAACCGAUUAACUCUUCUGGCUCAGAGCAAUGGAAAAAGGGAUGCUUUAUGGACACGGUCAGGGACCCAAGGACCACAAUGGAGGUACAGUCAGGUACAUAUACGCACUAAUGGAUCUACAGUCUUCAUCCUGGAGGGUCUGCCAGGACUUGGUGCACAUGGGGAUAUUGCACUUGAUGACAUUUCAGUGAAUGUUGACCACUGCCCUGCUGAAGUGAUCUGUGACUUUGAGAACGAUGAGUGUGGAUACACCCAGGCAUAUGAUGACAACUUCGACUGGUUCUUGAAGACUGCUACAACUAGUGACAUGAAGUUUGGUCCCUCCACAGACCACACUUUUGGUACAUCUCUAGGACAUUACAUGUACACUAUAUCUAGACUGCCACCUGGCAAUUUUGCACGGUUGGACAGUCCCUUGCUGGAGGCAACCUCAGGCUCCUGUUUGCAGUUUUGGUACAACAUGCAUGGGUACAAUCUUCAGGGAGCAACAGUGGGCACACUUAACGUGUACACUCGUAGUGAUGGUGCUCUUAGUAACGCCAUUUUCACUCGCACUGGAGAGCAGGGUGCUGAGUGGGAAAUUGCCCAAGCUACUCUCCGCAGUACUGUCCCAUUCAAGGUGACAUUUGAAGGUGUAGUUGGAGGUGUAUUCUCUAACUCUAUCUGUAUAGAUGACAUCACUGUUCAGCCUGGUGCUUGUCCUGGUGAAGGUAACUGUGACUUUGAGGAGAACCUUUGUACGUGGAAGAACACUGCUGUGGGAGAUAACUUCGACUGGCUGCAAGGACAGAACCAACCACUGGCAGGUUUUUCGGGCACUGUUGUUGACCACACGCUGAACACAGUCUAUGGUGUUUAUGUGUACACUGACUCAUCUCCACCUCGUCAGUCUGGUGACAAAGCCUGGCUUGUUUCUCCAUCAUUUGAUAACUCUACAGCUCGUUGUCUGUCACUGUGGUACAUGAUGGCUACAAGGGGCACUAUCAACAUCAAAGUCAUCGCUUUGACCAAUGGUACUGUCAUAAAUGUUGUGGGUAUAAAGCAGGAAGGAACUAUCUGGCAGUUGUCAAGAGUGACCAUAGCUAACAUAAAGUCCUCUUACCGCAUUGUAAUAGAGCACAUUAUUCAGACUCCUGGUAUGAGUGAUGUUGCUAUUGAUGACAUCUCAGUACAGAUAGGAAACUGCAGUGUAUUGCCCACAGUGUCUCCACAGCAGUGUGCCUUCACCUGUCCUGGAUCAACCACAUGCAUUGCUCGCAACAAAGUCUGUGAUUUUGUUUCUGACUGUCCCCUUGGAGAGGAGGAAACAGCUUGUGGCUACAACUGCAACUUUGACAAUCAGACUUGCCACUGGGUCAGCAACAGUGAAGGAACCUAUGUCUGGACAAAAUACCGUGGCGCCACCCCUGAUUCCAACACAGGACCAGACAGAGAUCACACCACUAACUCUGGCCUGGGCUACUACUUGUACACAGAUGCCUCUAAUGGAACUCGUUAUGACCAGGCUCUUCUUCAGAGCCCACUGUUCCAGAGCUCUUCAGCCACGUGCCAGCUAAGCCUCUGGUACCACAUGUUUGGCAGUGGGGUUGGAGAUCUUUUUGUCAUGAAGGAGGAAGGUGUCACAAAAACUUACCUAUGGAAAACUAGCGGUGACCAUGGCAAUCGAUGGUAUCAGGCAGUCAUUCCAAUUGGACGAAUGGCCUCACCUUUCACUCUGACAAUUGGAUCUACAAGAUCCUUUAAUGUUCUUGGUGACAUUGCCAUUGAUGACAUUUUUUUCCAGCACUGUUCCUUCCCAGACCCAGUCACCAGCUGCACAGCAUACAGCACCUUUAAGUGCAGGAGCCAAGCUUGUGUUCCAACACAGAAUGUAUGUGACUUUGUUGAUGACUGUGGAGAUGGCACUGAUGAACUUGACUACACCUGUGAUGAUUAUAUUCGCUGUGACUUUGAGACAAGCAUGUGUGGGUGGAAUCAAGACGUUACAGACAAUCUGGACUGGAUUCGACUUGCAGGACCCACCCCUACAUCAGGAACUGGCCCAUUGCAUGACCACACCCUGGGUACCAGUUCAGGACAUUACAUCUAUGUAAAAAGCUCUGACCCUCACAAAGAAGGAGCCACAGCCAGGAUUAUUAGCCAUUCCUUCAAAGCGUCUGUGUCAGCUCCAUACUGUCAGUUGAAGUUUUUCUACUACAUGUAUGGCCAAACCAUAGGCAGUUUGUCAGUUUACACUCGAAACUCUUUCUAUGGACCACUUGUUAAAAGGUUCGGCAGAUCUGGUGAGAUAGGCAAUUAUUGGGUGAGCUCUGUGGUACCUAUCUAUGACACAAAACCUUUCCAAAUCAUAAUAGAAGCAAUCUUGCACAAUUCUUCCUUUGGAGUUAUAGGAAUAGAUGACACCAUCUUUACUUCAGCAUGCAAAAUACUGACAACUGAUUUCCCACUUGGCACACCAGGUUCUUUGGUCACAACACCUUCACCUUGUGGGGACCCCACUGUUAACUAUCAAUGUUUGUACACUUCAGAUUGUAUACCCAGAACUCAGGUAUGUGACUUUCUUGUCCAGUGUGUUUAUGGUUCAGACGAAGUUAACUGUGGGACAUGUGAUUUCCAGCAGGGUAUGUGUGGUUGGCAGGAUAUCAGUGUUGAUAAGUAUGUGUGGGAACGACACAAUGGCUCCACUGCUUCUGCCAUUUCAGGACCAAAUGUAGACCACACUACCAGGAAGACCACUGGAAACUAUAUUUAUGUGGACUCAACUGCAACAGACGAUUAUGGGAAGGCAGUGAUGGUAUCACCUGUGUAUGGUGCCUUUGGUGCUGAUUGUGAAAUCAGUUUCUGGGUGCACAAGAAGACUUCUGCAUAUCUGAGUCUGUACAUGGUUCCUCCAGGACAGAGUCCAUAUGAUGGCAAGCGUAUUCAAGUGUGGCAAGUUUCAGCAGCUCUCGGAAAUAACUGGACCAGUGUUACAGUUGGUAUAGAUGCACACCCUCCAGGCUACAGACUUGUGUUUGAAGGUAUUUUACGUUCAGUUGAUGGUGACAUUGCACUUGAUGAUAUUUCAUUCAGUCCCAGCUGUGCUGUUGGGUCUUACAUGAGUAUAUGUGCAUCAGACCAGUAUCACUGUGAUAACCACAUUUGUGUAGACAAGACCAGGGUUUGUGAUUUUGCUAAUGACUGUGGAGACAAUUCAGAUGAAAAAAACUGCUCUAGCUAUGUUGAGCGUUGCAACUUUGAGGUGGAUUUGUGCAAUUGGAUUCAGGAUCAGACAGAUGUAUUUGACUGGACCCGAAAAUCAGGAUCUACCACCACAGCAGGCACUGGCCCUGACAGAGAUCACACAUUAGGCACUGAGACUGGAACAUACUUGUACUUGGAGAGUUCUAACAGAAAACCUAAUGACACAGCCAGGUUAAAAAGCCUGAUUUUCCAGCCAGCAUCAGAAGGUCAAUGCUACAUGCGAUUCUUUUAUCAUAUGCUUGGGAAGGACAUCAAUGCUCUUAACAUCUACAUAGAAGGAGCAGAACAAGGCUCGAGAGCACUGCUGCUGUCUAUUCAUGGUCAGCAGGGUGAUGAAUGGCGCAAGACCAUCCUCAGCAUUGUUGGUGCAUAUAACUUUAGGGUUGUGAUUGAAGGGACAACAGGGGCCAGUGACCUUGGUGACAUAGGCUUGGAUGAUAUCUCUUUCACUCCAGGCUGUCACUUAGCGAUAGGUGCAAGUCUUCCACCUGUUCUGACAACCAGCAUCAGUCAAUGUCCAACAGGAACAUUUUUCUGUGGACUUCACUCACCAUGUCGCUCAGAUGUUUAUCUCUGCAAUUUUCAUCCUGACUGCGUAGAUGGCAUAGACGAAGCUCUAUGCCCAUCAGUUUGUGAUUUUGAAGAUCAUGUUUAUCAGCUUCUGAUUUUUGUAAGCCUGUGUGGGUGGACAAAUCAGCCUGAAGGUAAUGCAGCCAACUGGACUUUAAGGAAUGCUAGCUCCUUAAGUUACCCUGGUAUAGAUCACAAUCCAGGGACAACUUCUGGGCACUUUGUUUCAGCAGUAUUUCCCAGAACACAAUCUUUACCUGCCAAUUCAUGGUUUGUCUCUCAGAUUUACAGGAUUUCAGGUCUUAAAUGCAGUUUUAAUUUCUGGUACAUGUACAGUGAUUCAAAAAUCCUCAAUCUGCUCUUGUUCUUGCGAUCUGAUGGUACAGAUAAACAAAUCUGGGUGCUACCUACUAUUCGACCCACACCCAAUGUUUGGCACAAUGCUACUGCCUUGAUACCCUCUUGUGUCUCAGAAUUUCAGCUUGUGUUUGAGCUGCAGGGACUGAGCAAUGGUUACGCUGCUCUUGAUGACUAUUCCUUCCAGAACUGUGGACUAUCUUCCAUUGGUUCCUCUUCAGAUACUUGUGAUGCACUUAGUGAAUUUCAGUGUGAUAAUGGGCAAUGUAUAGCCCAAGACCGUGUAUGUGACAUGCAGUCAGACUGUUGUGACAAUUCUGAUGAGUCUCCUUACCAGUGCUAUGCAUAUAAAAGAAUCGAUUUUGAGCAGGGCUUGGAUGGCUUUGUGCAGCUGACUGAUGACAAUUUUAAUUGGACACGUCAUCGGGGUCCAACAGAGACACCUGGGACAGGUCCCUCACAAGAUCACACAACUGAUUCUACAUCUGGAUACUAUUUAUAUAUUGAGUCUUCCCCUCCACAGCAGAUGAAUGACAAAGCUCGUCUAGCUUACUAUCUACCAGCACCCACUCCUGGCUUUCAUUGUAGCAUGCGUUUGUGGUACCACAUGUAUGGAGCACACUCAGGGAGCCUUAACAUCUAUAGUCGAGAUUCAUUAGGAAACAUAUUUCUUUACCAAUCCAUUUACAAAGAUCAUGGUGACCAGUGGCUAAAGACUGAGGCCAUAUUUCAAGGACAGCUUCCUUUUGUAGCAAUCAUAGAAGGAGUUGUAGGAGUAGGGUACCUAAGUGAUAUAGCAAUUGAUGAUGUCUCUUUCACACCUGGCUGUGGCAUAGGAUCACCUACCCCUCCUCCAACACCAUCUACAACAGUGACACAGUCCUCUACUACUUCACCUUUCCCACUUUGCCAGGCUGGUCAGUUCCAGUGUGCAUCCACUUCUGUGUGCAUCCCAGGAGAAAACCAGUGUGACUUUAAUACAGACUGUCCUGACAACAGCGAUGAAAUGUCGUGUUUCACCAUUGGUACCUGUACUUUCUCAGCCUCCUUUUGUGGAUGGGCAAAAUACAUUCCUGAUUCAAUGGACUGGCAGCGUGUGAGGUCUAGCGAUAUUCACAAUGUCACAUCUGCACCACAGAAAGAUGGCGAUGGGUCAAGCAAUGGCUAUUUUCUGUACUUACAGGACACUCAAAAUGGUAACACCAAUGGCCAGACAGACAGACUAAUGAGUCCAGUGUACAGCAGGUGUGCUGGAGAAUGCAAGAUUCAGUUCUCAUACUUCAUACAGGGAUCUAACCCAGGAACUCUAGCUCUCUCAAUCUUUUCAUCUUCUGUAAGCAGCAUUCUUUGGCAGUCAGUCAGCACUACAUCAGAUCAGUGGGUAACAGAAACUGUUGGACUUGACCGGAGGAAAGAUAAGUUCUCUCUACAAUUUGAUCAUGUAGAUGCACCUAACAGAUCAGGAACUAUUGCCAUUGAUAACAUUAAGUUUUCUAACUGUGGACUACCAGUGCCUGUUUUAGAGUGCCCAUCAGACUUAUUCAACUGCUCAAACCAUGCUUGUAUUGAUAGCAGUCUCAUUUGUGAUCACAUGGAUGACUGUGGUGACAAUUCUGAUGAAAGUCCCAGUCUGUGUACUCAGUACAAAAUGUAUGACUUUGAUGAAAACCUACAGAGCCUUGGUGAGUUCACACAGGGGCUGACCACUAUAGAUGAUCAGCAAGACUGGUCACUGUACAAAGGAAACAGUACACCAGGCCUUCCCACCAUGGAUCACACAACAGGCACCCACCAUGGACAGUACAUCUACCUCUGGGCCUCCAACAGGACCAAGUUUGGGGACACAGCAUGGCUUGUGUCUACACCCUUCCAAACCUCUACUUCAGACAAACCUUGUUCUCUGCACUUCUUUUAUUACAUCUACGGCAACAGUGGACAUGAGAUCAACAUCAUGUAUCGUACACAUCGCAAUGGACCAGCUGACCAAGUGGUAUGGUCAGUGAGUGGCAGCUAUGGAGCCAUUUGGCAGAGAGCAUCCACACAGAUUAGUGUCUCCCAGCCAUUCCAGGUCAUCAUCGAAGGUCAGCUAAGGGGCAGCAGCUAUGGUGUAGCCAUUGAUGACCUUUCCCUCAGCCCUGGCUGCUCUGUCAGUGACAGUCCACUACCAGCACUACCAGUAACCCCACCCACCACACCUCCUCCAGCCUGUACAAGCAACCAGUACUUAUGUAUCAUCAACAGGAUGUGCAUCAGCAACAGGAGUCGAUGUGAUGGUGUCAGUGAUUGCCCUGACUCCUCAGAUGAAUCUGGCUGUGGCUGCAGCAGUGAUAAAUUUAGAUGUGGUAACGGCUUGUGCAUCGACUCCAACAAGAAAUGUGAUGCAGCCAAUGAUUGUGGUAAUGAGAAUGCAUCAGAUGAAAAUGAUCCAGACUGUGUCUUGUACCUGCGCUUCAAUUUUGAGAGUUCCAGUUUUGGGGAAUUUACGCAAGGUCACACAGGCAUAGAAGAUAAGACUGACUGGCAGAUUGGGCAAGCAAGCAGCAUGUCAUUCUCAGGACUUCCACUUACAGACCACACCACUGGGAAAUCCUCUGGACAUUUCUUGUUUGCAAGGUCUCACAACCCUGGAGACACAGCCUGGCUCAUUUCUCGACCAUUUGGAGCCACAGCAAAACAGAACUGCCAGAUGAAGCUUUUCUUCUACAUCUUUGGCAGCAGUGUGCAUCAUCUCAGCAUCCUGUAUCGCACACACAAUGCUGGGCCUCCUGAUGGGCAGAUCUGGACAAGUGCUGGUCAGCAGGGCCCCAACUGGCUGGAAGCCUCACCCCUCAUCAGUAUUGACACACCUUUCCAGAUCAUUAUUGAAGCAUAUGUGGCCAUGGCCAAUCAAGCCAUUGCUAUUGAUGAUGUGUCUUUUACACCUGAUUGCCGACACAGUGUCACUAACUUGCCACCACUGCUACUUGCCACAACAGUGAAACCAGUGACUUCAGGAACAAAUAUAUGUGAUCACACAGAACUGGAGUGUGAUAACAGGCGACAGUGUUAUACCAAGGCACAGCUGUGUGAUAACAAGAAUGACUGUCUUGAUGGAAGUGAUGAAGCAAAAUCCAAGUGCUCCUGUUAUUCUGGAUUCUGUUUCAACGGUGGUCAUUGCUUGGUGAAAGUUGGUGCAGGACCAACGUGCAUCUGUGCCAGUAACUACACUGGCAUUUACUGCAAUACAUCGAGAGGUCCUGGUCAGUCAAGACAAGAAAGCAGAAGUGAGAGCUGGGCAGUACCUGUGGGUGUUACUGUGGGGCUGCUUGGUGUUGCAGCAACUAUUGGAACUGCUGUGUAUCUUGUCAGAAGAAACAGGGGAUCUGGCCUCAGGCUUCCAAUGGUAUUCUGGCGCAAGCAUAGGACCAGAAGAAGUAGCAUCACCACUAAUCCCAUUUUUGACUAUGGAACAGAGGAUGCUGAUCAUCCUGUAAAUGAGGUAGAGAUGCCAGUUGUCCAAGACUUACAAGACUCUAUUAGUCAUGAUCAUCAAGACUUGAGCAGCUCUUCUGGGCUGGAUCAACAGAUAAGUACAUUGGCCUCAACUGACAGUCCCUUCAGCACAGAAGCUUGAUAAUUUUGUAUAUUAAUGUGAAAGAGAUAUCAAUAAAUAUGUUAAAGACAA